ACCCUUCUUCUGGUCUGUCGGGUGAAGGAGGAGUGGGGGCUGUGUGAUAUGCCUGAGGUUUUUUUUGUUAAGGAAGAUGGCGGAUGAGAAGCAGACUGCUGAAAAUGUCUUGAAUGACGGAGGACCCGAAGAGAAGGGAGGCAAAGGUGUGAAAACUAAGACUGUCUCUUCCAGCAAUGGAGGGGGGAGCGCUGGCCGGAGCGCGGACAAGCGAUCUGCCAAAGAGGCAGCCGGGGACUCCAACUCACAGCCGGCACCGGCCAAAGUCUCUAAAAUAGCAUUCCCAUCAGGCAGUCAGCUGAUCAAGAAGCCAGCCCCUAUCUCUAUCAAACUGGGAGCCAGUAAACCGAAAGAGGCUGCUCCAAUUCUGCCUGUGAAAAUACCUGCGGUAGCAGCAGUUUUCAACGAGGAUGAAGAUAGUGAACCAGAAGAGAUGCCACCAGAAGCAAAAAUGAGGAUGAAAAACAUCGGCAGGGAUACGCCUACAUCGGCAGGACCCAACUCAUUUAACAAGGGCAAGCAUGGGUUUUCUGAUCACCAAAAACUCUGGGAGAGGAAGCAAAAGAAACAGCUAGACAGGACUCCAGAUAAAUAAAUUACAUGUUGUCAGCUUUUGUUUUUUUUUGUGUGGUUGGGUUUGAGGGAGGUGGGGGGAGAGGGUUUUUUAGUUUUGAGUUACCACAUUAAAACAAAUGUAAAUAUAAAAAAAUAAUAAACCAACUAUAAUAUCCUGUCUUUAAAUUAUUUUGGUUAAGUCUUCUUUAAUGUUGUGCAUUAUUUUUUUUUGUUAGAACAUAGGUAUAAUACACUAGCAUAAUACUAUAUAAUAAAUUCAUACCAUGAUAAGUGAUUGAUUAAAAAUAAUACAUGCAAAUUUGGGGACUCAUUCCAGUUCAUAAAAAUAUAUUACCAAUAACAAGUUUCUGUGAAAAAAACCUGGAUAAUUAUAUAGCAAUUACCAUUUCAUUGCUGGAUUCCAUUUCAGGGGGAAAAACUGGGUUUUACAAUAUUUGUUACUGCUUUGUCAACAAAUUUUAACCACUUGACUGACAAUUUUAAUGGAGACAUUGUAUUUUGUGUAAUUGCAUGGAAUACAAUUCUGGUACCAGGCAGUUUUUUUAAAAAACAAUGAGAGAUAGUAAGGCUAAACAAAACUUACUGAAAAUGCCAACAAACUACUGUAUUACAGCCUUGCAGUGGUUAAAGUUUGUUUUCACUAAAGCCUUACCUUGUUCAGUAGCUGAUAGGUUGAUUACCUUUCUUAGAUAUUCUUAAGGAAAACCUUUUUUUUUCCCUUUCAUGGCAACUGUUAGCAACCCACAAUCUUAAAAUGAGUUCUGUCAAAUAAUGCUUUCAUUGAAUUGAAUGUUAUUACCUGGUGUGUAGUUCUGCUUUCUACAAUAAUUCUAAGGGCUCAGCAGCCAAGAACUACACUAGCCUUCACUGUCCUAUGUUUUAAAUGUGAUAGUGUGGUGUAUUUCUGCCUACACAUUGCUGAUGCUGUACACCAUUCUUGCAGCAGUUGCAAAUAUCUGCUUUAAUGUAAUUGAGAAACAACAUAUGUAAUGUGACAAUGUAGUGUGUUUAAAAAAAAUGUUAAAACCACAUAGAUUAUUAUAGUUUUUAAUUAAGUCUUCAUUUAACAUGAGACCCUGAGAUUUCUAGUUAUCACAGAAAGGUUACCCUGACGUAAAACUACAAAACGUGUCAGCAGGUACAAUAUUGUGCUGGUAAUGAUGGUCUUUCUUUAACGUCACGGUUUAAUUUUUUUAUGCGAUCAGAUAUUAUAUAUAGCAUUUUAUUUCUGUUAAAUAGAUAAGACAGGAUAUGUAAACUAAACAUGUAAAGAAAAUGUACUGUGUGUAAGUGUGUGCUCAUCCCAUUUUGUUUUUCAGAGUUGGUCAGUGUUGGUUAAAUAAACUGUUUAGGAUAAA